ACCUCAGUCGUGGAGUCGCUGAGUGGGCUCAAGAUGAAGCUGAAGCGACAGCGGGUGUCUUCAGUGCUGCCUGAGCACCACGAGGUGUUCAACAGGAUGCUCGAGGAUCCCGUCGUCAAGAAAUUCCUCGCAAGGGACAAAAACCUGGAAGUAUCUGACAAGUAUCUCCUGUCCAUGGUGAUAGCUUAUGUUAGCCGGGCCAGGCUCUUCUCCUGGGAAUUCCAGAGAAUCCAUUUCUUCAUAGCUCUCUAUGUGGCCAGCGACAUGGAAGAGGACAACCAGGCCCCCAAGCAGGCCAUCGUUUCGUUCCUCUAUGGAGAGAACCGCUCCCAGCAUGCCUUGUUCCACAAACUGCAUUUGCGGUUCAUCCGUUCCAUGGGCUGGAAGAGGAGGGUCACUCGGGAAGAGUGCGAGUAGAUCCAGGCUUUUGAUCCAGAGCUCUGGGUGUGGGGAAGAGAUCGCGCCCUCUUGCCCCAGAGGCCCCAGGACCACGCAGGCCUGAGGUCAUCGGCCUGUGCAAAGGUAGGUCUGCAUGCACAAAGGUGCGGGUGGAAUGACGUGUUGUCUACUGAGGAAAUCGGAGGAAUCCCACUGCUGGACCCACAUCACCUCUCACGCUGUGAAGGGGGCCAGCCGGGCACACAGCCACAUGCGGACUCAGCGCCAGCCACGGACUGA